GAGGCUCUUCUGGGUAUCACGGGCAAGGACUUCACCCUCAUCGCAGCUUCCAAGGCUGCCAUGCGAGGUGCUUCCAUCCUCAAGGCCUCGGACGACAAGACCAGGGCUCUCAACAAGAGCACCCUCCUGGCGUUCUCUGGAGAGGCCGGAGACACAGUCCAAUUCGCCGAGUACAUUCAACGAAACGCCCAGCUCUACUCGAUGCGCAACGAGGCCGACCUCUCCCCCUCUGCCCUGGCGCACUUUGUCCGCGGCGAGCUGGCCUCGAGUCUCCGCUCCCGCAAGCCCUACCACGUCAACCUCCUCAUGGGCGGUGUCGACCCCAUCACCAAGAAGCCCUCGCUGUACUGGCUCGACUACCUCGCAGCCCUGGCCGAUGUCCCCUAUGCAGCUCACGGAUACGCACAGUACUACUGCCUCUCCAUCCUCGACAAGCACCACAACCCGGACAUCACCCUGGAGCAGGGCCUAGAGCUCCUGACCAUGUGCACUGACGAACUCAAGAGGAGGUUACCCAUCGACUUCAAGGGUGUGCUGGUCAAGGCCAUCAAGGCCACGGACGAGGGCGUCGAGAUUGUCGACCUGGAGUUUGAUAAUGACAAGAUUGUCAAGAGCGCCUAG